UGUUUGGUAUUUGGAAUACAUUUUAUUUUGUUAGAAUUGCUUUCUUAAAAAAUUCAAGUUCAUACAUAAUAAACACAUCUGUUGUUAUGUAGACUUGUCAACUUUUCAAAAUUAGUCGUGUAUUUUAUUUUACAAACUAGUGUUAAUUUUAAUUUUAAUAAUUUGCAAUUAUGCAUAAAAUGAAAAGAAGAAGCAGAACUGCAAAAAUACCCAAACCGAUCAAAGUCAAAAAGGAGAAAAUUGAUGAAGAGCGUACACCACAGUCAAUGGCAUAUCAUAUGGACGACCGCCUGGAGUUGGUAAAGCAAAUAUUUGGCACACUUAAGCCAAAAACAAUUAUUAAUUUGGCACCAGAUUUUCUGAAGACUAAAGGGCUAGACGAAAUUGAGGAAGCUUGCUUGAACGAGUUGCUUUGCGUCUCUUCUAAACGUUUAAAAUCCAUCAUUAUGGCGACAAAAUGCCCGACUGAUACGGAGUCAUCCGAUACUAACUCUGACGUUGAAAGGGACGAGGAGCUUAUAUCUUUAGAAGAAAUUUCAUCGGGUAGCGAAAUUGAAGGCAAUUCAUCGAAAAAAGGGGAGGAUGGCCAAAUAAGCGUUUUGGAGUUAUUAGAGCUUCAAGCUCGCGCCAGAGCAAUACGUUCUCAAUUAGCUUUAGAACCUGUAACUAAAAUCGAAGUGGAUUCUGAUGAAGAUAUAAGCAAGUCGGGGAAAAAUAAUAAAUCUGUGCAAGAAUCCUUAAUAAGUUGUAAUGAGCUGAAACGUAUUUCAAGUGGGCAAGAAUCGCAGAAACCUCUGAAGCAAAUCAAGUCUAAUGCAAGUGCGGUCGAAACUUAUAAGACGAAUAUUCAAUUAAUGAAUCAAACUGAGAGACGUAAAAAAAUUAAACUUAAACGAAACUAUCGUUGUACGUCAGCUCAAGAGUUGAACGCCGAAAAGGGGGAAACAACCGAAAAAAUCCAUGAUGAGGAAAAAGAAGAUAAGGAGAAUGAAAAACGGAAGGAUCAUAAUCAAGAAAAUACAACAAUUUUUAUUAAACAAGAGAAGAAUGUUAGGCGUUCGUUAUCACCUGAUGUUAUACCUAUCAUUCUAGAAGCGGAAACCUUACUUAUAAGCGAUUCAUCUGAUGCUGAUGAUGAAUAUACUAAAAAUAAAAAUGCAGAAAAUUCUUUUAAAAGUAAGGAAGAAGAGGUUCACAAAGAAAUUCCAAAAGAAUGUGAUGAUACCCUAAGCACACCCACAAAGGAGAAUGUUGAAGCGGAUAAAAAUUUCAUAGAAAAUACUAAAAAAGACGAAGAUGAAGCAAAAAUAAGUUUGGAAGGAUUACAAGAAACAGUUAAGAAUGAAGGUGACCACAGUACCGCGACAAUAAGUGAUCGCACGAAUAGAGAGAAUGUAAAGGUUAAAGAUCAUAAGCAAAAUGGUGAUGCUCCUACGGUAGCUGCAUCCAGAGAUAUCGAAAAAUCUCAACCAACUACAACGAGUCCGAUAGUUAAAACGACGCCUCUGUCCAUUAGUGAUGAUGAAGAUGAUGACGAACGAAAUGACGAUGUUAUAUCUUUGGAGGGUGGCGAUUUAGAGAAUGAAAUGAUUGAACAUUUGCAAAACGAUGCUAGUAAUACAAACUCCUCGUUUACGGAAAUUAAAACGAAUACCUAUGACGAAGAACAAAAAUCACAAGAUGAAAGUCAACCGGACGAUGUUAUAUCAUUGGAUUCAAGUGAUGACGAACACAGGAAGAAUACAGAAUCAUGGCAUUCACGUUACAUAAAAAGUUCCAAAGUUAGUAAAGUUUUGGCUGCCUCACGGUUAAGCAAACGCGUUCGCGACAAAAUCAAAAAGUCAAAACGUUCUAAGAAGAACGCGUCACGUGAAGACUUGAACUUGGAAAAUAGAGAAUCGACACCAGAUUUCAAAUCCAGACAUGAAGAUGGCUCAGUGGAACAAUACAAAGAAUUAUUAGAGUUACGUCAACGUAAAUCUUAAUUAU